CUUUUUCUAAUUGAUUAAUUUGGUUUUGAUAUAGUUAUCUUAUGUGAUAAUUUUGGGUAUAUCAUCUUAGCAUCAUUGUCUUUCCAUGGUUCUUAAAGUCUGUCUAUACCUUGUCUGGUGUCAUCGGGGGCCUGAAGAGAGUGGCACAUUCCAUUACCGCUCAUGACAACACUAAAUCAAACUAUGUACGCUAUUACUUUGCUUAGCUGCCUUCUGUGAUUUAUACAUGUUGAUAUGAUGAUAUACAUAUGAAAUGUUCUUGGAAAGGCAUGAACAAUAAGCAUUUAUGCUUACUGACAACAAACUGCAAUUUUUAAGAUGAAAUGUUAAUCCUUCAGUUUGUAAAGGAAAUUAUUAAAUAGCUGAAUUGUUUUGUUUAUCUAAAAUCAUUUAUCACUACAGAAUAACGUUAUUAUUAUGAAUUGACGUCAAAAUAUAACUCUAAAUUACAGCUGAUCCAGAAUGCAGGAACGCUUUUCGUUGCAGCUUCAGCCAUGUGUGCAUACCUUUGUCGAAUGUUUGUGAUACAAAACAGCAGUGUCCACAUGGAGACGAUGAAGAAUUGUGUGAUUUCGUAUGUCCGACAAAUUGUACAUGUGAAGGCUAUAGUGUCAUUUGUCCUAGCCAGUCGUAUAACGUAUUCAACUUUUUACCAGGUUCAAUUCGCACUUUGGAUGCAAAUCACUGUAAUGGAUUGAAUAGGACUCUAGAUAUACAUAUGAGUUUUUUCUUUUUAAUUGAAAUGAAUAUUUCAUUUUCAAGUAUAGAAGUGAUAUCAAAGGAAUCGUUUUCGCACACAAAAAAUCUGUUGCAUCUAGAUUUAAGUUAUAAUUUACUCACUAUUAUCCAGUCGAACGUGUUUAAUGCAUUAAAAUAUUUGAGGAUCUUGGAUCUUUGGGGAAACAGAUUGAUAUCUUUGAUUGAGCCAAUUGCUUUUAAUGGUUUGACAUUAAAACAAAUAACCAUUUCUUACACGAAAUUGAACGUUAUUAUGAAAAAUAGUUUUAAUGGAUUAAACCUAUCAAAACUGGAUUUGUCACAUAAUUUAAUCGAAACAGUUGAAGACUUUGCUUUUGAUCGUCUGACAGUAAAUGAGUUGGAUAUAACGUUUAAUCCAAUCAAGAACUUUAAAAAAGCUAUGUUUAAUGGAUUGAUAGGCUUACAAAAACUUAGUACACCCAAGUACAAAUUUUGUUGCGUGCGCCCAAUUUAUUUGGAAGAGGAAAACUGUUUUCCGCACAGAGAUGAAUUUUCAUCGUGCGGCGAUUUGAUGAGGCGAACUACUCUUCAGUUUUUACUUUGGAUCAUAGGCGUACUCGCUAUUACUGGAAAUAUAUUCUCUAUAGUGUAUCGAGUGUUUUUUGACAAGAAACGUCUGAAGAUGGUGUAUGGAAUUUUUGUGACAAACCUUGCUAUGGCUGAUUUGUUGAUGGGAGUGUAUAUGCUUAUCAUUGCCAUAGCUGACAGUGUGUACCGUGGUAGAUAUAUUGAAGAAGAUGAGCAUUGGAGAAGAAGCGCUUGGUGCAGCUUUGCCGGCAUAUUAUCUACCGUUUCUUCUGAAGCUAGCGUCCUACUGAUUUCCCUAAUUACUGUUGACAGGCUUCUGGUUAUUAAAUACCCAUUUGGAUCUCUGCGAAUUUCAACACUUCUUGCCAAAGUGAUGGUCUUGUUCUGUUGGAUUGUUUGCAUUCUUAUUGCUAUUUUACCUAUUGUACAGUCAAAUUACUUUGGAGAUCAGUUUUACUCUAAAUCUGGCGUGUGUCUAGCUUUACCACUUACAAAAGAUCGGUCUGCUGGAUGGUUGUACUCUAUUGUUAUUUUUAUCGGUUUCAAUUUCGUAACUUUUGUUAUGAUAGCACUAGGCCAAACAAUGAUCUUUUACGAAAUUCGGCAUCAGUCAUUAGCAAUGAAAAAGAACAGGUCUGCAAGACGGAAUGAUUUGAAAGUUGCCAGAAAUCUGUUACUUGUUGUAACAACAGAUUUUGCUUGUUGGUUUCCAAUUGGAUGCAUGGGUUUAUUGUCUGUGAAUGGAUACACUAUUCCUGGAGAAGUAUACGCAUGGACUGCAGUUUUAAUACUACCAAUUAAUUCUGCCAUUAACCCAUUCUUGUAUACCGUAACGGCUAUAAUAAAUAACAAGGUAAAUAGUAUAUUUCCCUUCUGCAAUUCAUUUCAGCUGGAAAGUCUUUCUUCUGUUAUGAAGUUCGUGUUGCACGUAAUAUACAGCCUGAACUUUUACUAG